UUCCUCCCCAGAUUAUAAACAUAUCAUCAGACAUCACCAUCAAUGAAGGCAGCAGCGUCACUCUCCUGUGCUUAGCCUUUGGGAGACCAGAACCAACAGUAACAUGGAAGCAUCUCUCCAGCAAAGAGGGUCAGGGGUUUAUAAGUGAUGAUGAGUACUUGGAAAUCACAGGGAUCACGAGAGAACAAUCUGGGGAAUAUGAAUGCACAGCUGUUAAUGAUGUUGCUGCACCCGACAUUCGGAGGGUGAAGGUCACUGUAAACUAUCCUCCAUCGAUCUCCAGUCCUAAGAAUACGGGUGUUUCGGUUGGCCAGAAGGGGAUCUUACGCUGUGAGGCCUCAGCUGUCCCAGUAGCAGAAUUUCAGUGGUUUAAAGAAGAAACCAGGUUAGCUAAUGGGCUGGAGGGUGUGAAAAUUGAAAACAAAGGACGGAUGUCCACGCUAACCUUCUUUAAUGUCUCAGAGAAGGACUAUGGCAAUUAUACCUGUGUGGCCAUCAACAAACUGGGAAACACCAAUGCCAGUAUAAUUCUGUAUGAAAUACCUGAACCUCCAGCACUGUCAGGCCCAGGAGCAGUACAUGAUGGCAACAAUGCAGCUUCCAGAGCAAUGGCUUGCAUCUGGCUAUCAGGCACUCUCUUUGCUUAUUUCCUCCUCAAGUUUUGA